UGGCAUAUAAGAAUUAUUUUGCCUAAAAACACACACACGCAAUUUUAAUAUAUUGUGACAAUUGUUCGAGGAAAAUGUUUCGGAAUUUGUUUAAAUAUAUUCUUUGUUUUGUAAUUUUGAUAUAUGCAGUGUAUCUACAUGAUUGCAAAGACGGAUGGAAAUCCUUUGCAGACUCCUGCUAUCACUUGUCCCUUGACAAGAGAGAUUGGUCUUCCUCAAAGAUGUACUGCGAAUCUGAAGGGUCUGUUUUAGUUCAAGCUGACACUACAGAGGAAAUAGAUUUCCUAAUGACAAUGUUAUCGGAUCAAUUAAUGUUGGGGUCGUUCGAUAACGCCAACAUUUGGAUUGGUACAUGGAACAAUACGACAAUUGGCAACUUCACGUGGGUUGACGGUUCAACAGUGAAAGAAAGGAGACAUGCCAGUGAAAACAUAGACGGAUGCCCUUCGUUGAUAAACGGCAAUGAGAAAGACCAAUGGUUGGCAGAAACAGCUGAGUGUAGUCGACAAUUCUUUCACAUUUGUGAGACAAAUAAAACUGUUAGUCGUUCCGGUUUAGUAAAACCAUUAACCAAAAAUGAUAGCUCAACACAAUCGCACUGCAACGAGGGCUGGUUCGCAUUCAAGGAUUCAAGGUAUUUACUGUCACGGGUACCAAGGACCUGGUAUUCGUCAAAGAUACAUUGCGAAACCAUUGGAACACGUCUGGUGACAAUAGGAACGUAUCGGGAAAAAAUUUCAAAGGAAUACGAAAAUAUGCCUUUGUUUUUUCAAGACGUUUGUGAGAAGAAUUUUUGGAUAGGAUCACCGAAUGUUUAUAAUCCGGAAACCCGAUCAGUAAUGUCAUCAAGUGCAUUUGAUCCUGAUAUCCCGGCUAACGAGUCCCAGUGUAUCAUCUUGAACAAAGGAUGGGCAAUCACUGAUUGCAAAGAUAAAUAUCCAUCGAUCUGUGAAAAAAAUGAAACCCAAAAGUAUCUUGGGGGCGAGGAACUUCUCAACUUUUCACUACCUAUAGAUCAAGUGUCGAGAAAUUGCGAGUAUCUACAAAAGGAUAAGAAAAAGGAGUAUGUGAAAUCAAAUGUGUCAUUUGAAGACCUAUACGAUAAGGUGUUUAACUCGUCAGAUUAUGACCCAGUGAAUGUUUUAAAGCAACUAAAGAAUGCAACAUAUGCAUAUAAAGCAAACAAUGAAACGUUACCAUCCGACAGACUAACUAAUGUCGUGAAAAUGAUGUCAAAACUUGCUGAAAGUAUGGAUUUAAACAACUCAAAGGCAUUAACAGAAGACAGUCUGAAGCCAUAUCUGGAGAUCAUGAAUAAUCUCUUAGGGGAUCAUACAUUUUACAGUUGGAUUGAUAUAAUAAACCAGACAGGCAAAGGCGCAAAUAAAGUAAUCGAUGGCUUUAAAAGUAUCAUGAAUGCAGAAGAUGAAUCUGCAAAAAAUGCAUUUGCGAGGGAAUGUGAGUAUCGACCAACGGAUAAACAAAAGGAACGUUUGAAAACAAAUGUGUCAAUUGAUGCUUUGUAUGACCAGUUCAUUAACUCGUCAGAUUAUGAUAAAGUGUACGUUUUAAAUCAACUAAAGAACGCAACAACUGUUUUUAAAGAAAAUAAUGAAACGGUACCAUCUGAAAGAAUAAUAAUGAUCUUGAAAAUGAUUACAAAACUUGCAGGAGGCGUGGAUUUAAAUGACCCAAAGUCCUUGACAGAUGAAAGUCUAAAGCCAUAUCUGGAGAUCGUGAGUAAUCUCCUAGGGGAUCAUACAAAAGAAAGUUGGAUUGUUAUAAUAAACCAGACAGGCAGUGGGGCAAAUGAAUUACUCGAUGGCGUUGAAAAAUUCAUGACAAACAUAAAUGAAACAGACAUAGUUGAAUCAGUAAAUAACACAUACGUCGUGAAAGCAUCAUUACGCGAUUGCGAAAAUGGUAUUCAUUUUCCGAACCAUACUGACAUGGCAUUGCCAGCUUGGCUAGCAAAGACCAAAAACAAGAUUUUUCUAAACUGUGACAAAGAUUCAAAUUCAUACGUCGGAAUCAUUUUCAACAGCAUCGAAUCCACCUUUCCUUCAACAUACGGACCAGAAAUGCUAGUAUCAUUACAUACAAUUUAUCUUCAAAUGUUUUUUUAA